AUGGAUUCGCAGACUAAGGCUGCGCCGAUGCGCGUGCUCGUCACGGGCGGAUCCGGAUUGGUCGGGAAGGCCAUCGAGCACGUGGUGAAACAAGAAGGCGGCUGUCUCGAGGGCGAACAGUGGACCUUCCUCUGCUCCAAAGAAGCCAACCUCGUGUGAGUUAUGUCACAUAAACCUCAUAUUCUCAGCAGAGCUGGUCUGAGGCUUGGUCGUUGCAGAUAAAAAUGACCUAAUCUAUAUAGAGAUGCCAUGAUCCCAUAGUCUACAUGCCCGAGAAACACCAGCAUGUCUGUUCUACAUAACAUAUUUCUAUAGGAAAUGUAUGUCACGUUGCACUGUAUGAAACCCUGGUUUAAAUAUUAGUAAAUUCCUGUUAUGACCCUUUUGCUUCUGGGACUGGUUUUGUGGUUCAAACAGGAACGAAAUGGAUAAAAGAAGUCCAAAAAAGAAGUUCACUCCUGGAAAAAUUAUUAUAUUCUCUGCUAUUCAAUUAUUUUCUAUUCAAUUCUAUAGAUUGAUGGAUUGAUGGAUAUAUACAGUAUAUAGGUAGAGUUUCUAUAUAGUUCCUGUUGGAACCACAUUAAAUGUUUAGCUAAUUACAUUUGUGCAUGCAUACUUUUAUGAGAUUGAUGUGUUUUCCAUUAAAUAGGAUGAUGAUGAUGAUGAUGAUGAUGAUGAUGACAUGUAUACAAUGUUCUGCCAGAGAUCUACAACAGACAAUAGCAGUUUUUAAGAAGUAUCGGCCCACCCAUGUCAUCCACCUGGCUGCCAAGGUGGGAGGACUCUACCUUCACAUGAAGGAGAACCUACACUUUCUGGUGAGAUUCAUUAUCUAACUACCCAGUUUGUUUCAAUACCUAGGCUAUAUGUUUCAGUCCUAAAGUACAUUUGUUCAAUCAGGGAUGGGACUAGAAAUUCGGACCGGGCAUUUUUUUUUUUUUUUUUUUUUUUUUUUCACCUUUAUUUAACCAGGUAAGCCAGUUGAGAACAAGUUCUCAUUUACAACUGCGACCUGGCCAAGAUAAAGCAAAGCAGUGCGAUAAAAACAACAACACAGAGUUACAUAUGGGGUAAAAAAACAUAAUGUCAAAAAAUACAACAGAAAAUAUAUAUACAGUGUGUGCAAAUGUAGCAAGUUAUGGAGGUAAGGCAAUAAAUAGGCUAUAGUGCAAAAUAAUUACAAUUAGAAUGCUAGAUGUGCAAGAGAUUAUGUGCAAAUAGAGAUACCGGGGUGCAAAAGAGCAAAAUAAAUAACAAUAUAGGGAUGAGGUAGUUGGGUGGGCUAAUUUCAGAUGGGCUGUGUACAGGUGCAGUGAUCGGUAAGGUGCUCUGACAACUGAUGCUUAAAGUUAGUGAGGGAGAUAAGAGUCUCCAGCUUCAGAGAUUUUUGCAAUUCGUUCCAGUCAUUGGCAGCAGAGAACUGGAAGGAAUGGCGGCCAAAGGAGGUGUUGGCUUUGGGAAUGACCAGUGAGAUAUACCUGCUGGAGCGCAGACUACGGGUGGGUGCUGCUAUGGUGACCAAUGAGCUAAGAUAAGGCGGGGAUUUGCCUAGCAGUGAUUUAUAGAUGGCCUGGAGCCAGUGGGUUUGACGACGAACAUGUAGUGAGGACCAGCCAACAAGAGCGUACAGGUCACAGUGGUGGGUAGUGUAUGGGGCUUUGGAGACAAAACGGAUGGCACUAUGAUAGACUACAUCCAAUUUGCUGAGUAGAGUGUUGGAGGCUAUUUUGUAAAUGACAUCGCCAGAGUCAAGGAUCGGACUCUACCUGCAUUUCUAACUCACCGGACCAUUUUUUCCCUCAAAGCUCCCACACUGGCCCAUUUUCUUACCUAGAGGCCCCAAUUGUUAACCAAAUAAUGAUCAUUCUAUACAAAACCCCCAAUUUAGACAAGCCGAUGGGCUGAAGAUGGAACCAGCCCAUCUGGCAUUUUGCCUGAACUGUCCAAAGGUCGGUCCGUUUCUGUGUUCAAUUCUGUCCAGUAUUUUGUUCAGAUCAGUGACUUUUGGUCCCAUAGCCUAGUAUAAUAUUGAAUGACACAAAACCGAUACAUCGAAACAUACUAUAUGACUAAAUAUUUGUGUGUACUGUAUUUGUUCUGUGUAGUUAUGUCAUAUACAGUGUGUUUGUUUUGUGUUGUUCAGUACGUUUGUUGUCACAGCAUUGCCGUGAAAUGGGUUUGUUUUAUCUAGCUACCGGUUGAGUGCACUGACUGUAAGUAGCUCUGGAAAAUAUAUUCUGCUGAAUGACCUAAAUAUAAAUGUCCAUGUUUGCCUGGCUGGGCAACAAUCUAGGCUGACAUUUAGUUGAACUUGUCAAAGCGAAGUUUACACAGUGACUUUGUUGCCACACUUCUUAAUCUAAUUCCGAAAGGGUAUUAAUCCAUCUGUGAGGAGAGUUACAGGGGAGCUUGUUAUCACAGUAUCCAAAUGCAUUCUUUGAAUUCAUUUGUGGGAAAACAAGUUAUUGUGUAAAGCCGUAAUACGGGUUUGAUUGAAUUGAGACCACAGUGUUUUGCCUUCACAGAGGGCCAACCUUCGCAUCAAUGACAACGUGCUGCAGACGUCUCACGAAAUGGGCGUCAUCAAGGUGGUGUCCUGCCUGUCCAGCUGCAUCUUUCCUGACAAGACCACCUACCCUAUCGAUGAGAGCAUGGUGAGUUGAACAACCAAUAAGACCCUAUCAAUGAGAGCAUGUUGAGUUUAAUACUAAAAUACUAUGUGCAUUACUUUUGACCAGAGCCCUAAUGGCGCUAGUCAAAAGAAGGAGAUCAACAGUAUAGGAAGCCUAUGUGCCCAUUGACAGUAUAACUACUGUAUGUUUGGGAACCUCUGGCCCUUCAAAAUGUGAUUUUUAAGAAAAGCUGGUGUAUGUUCACUCAUGCUUUCCUCCCCUUCACACAGAUCCACAAUGGGCCUCCACACGACUCGAACUUUGGCUACUCACAUGCCAAAAGAAUGAUUGAUAUUCAGAACAGGUGAGCUGGUGACUAAUUGGUUACCUGUGCAGGUACAUUAGCACACAGUUUAAAGACCCACUCCAGCCUCCCUAGGACCUCAUUUAUCACCUGAUUUACUUAACAAAAGGUGCAUUUCAGUAGCUGGUACAGGUCCCUCAUUACAUGACACAACCCAGCUAGCACAUAAUGUUCUGAGAACCAUAUGUUUCUUAGAGCUUGGUGAGAGCGUGGUUGUCCAAUGUUUAUUUUCAUUAUAACCUUCCGACAAUGUUCUGGGAAUAGUGCAGGAUACCCAGCUAGCACAUAAAGUUCUGAGAACCAUAUGUUUCUUAGGUGGGAAUUGCUCUUCUAUUGUUCUGGGAAGCAAGGGGGAAGGCCGAUGACAUCAGUGUGCAUCCAAUUUCAAUUUAAGGGGCUUUAUUGGCAUGGGAAACGUGUUUACAUUGCCAAAGCAAGUGAAAUAGAUAAUAAACAAAAGUGAAAUAAACAAUACAAAGUUAACAGUAAACAUUACACUCACAAAAGUUCCAAAAUAAUAAAGACAUUACAAGUGUCAUAUUAUGUCUAUAUACAGUGUUGUAAUGAUGUGCAAAUAGUACAAAAGGGAAAAUAAACACAGCCGUUUUCCAUCAUCCCAACCCCUUGAAUUGCCAACUCCUGCCAUUGUGUUGAAAAAAACACCAUUUUGCAAAAAAUAUAUGUUUUUACCCUUAAGGGUGUGUACCUUUUACUGUAUGUAUACGUGGAAUAUUGUUUUUUAACGGGAAAGUAAAAAAAUAGCUGGAGUGGGUCUUUAAAUGUUCAAACCACAACAUGAUUGUGUGUGUGUGUGUUUGUGUUUGUAUGUGUGUGUGGGCUUGAUUGACAACAGGGGAUACUUUGCACAGCAUGGGCGUCGCUACACCGCCGUAAUCCCGACUAACGUGUAUGGUCCCUAUGACAACUUCAACUUUGAAAAUGGUCACGUGCUGUCGGCACUCAUGCACAAGACACAUGCUGCUAAAAGUAAGUAACACACACACUACUUGUACGCACUCACGCAAACACACACACACACACAGAUACAAACACUUACUCCUUUCUAAUCUCCUUCUGACAGAGGAGGGAACCCCUCUACAGGUGUGGGGCUCCGGAACACCCAGGAGACAAUUCAUCUACUCUCUGGUAGGUUUAGUGAAUUACUCUGUGUGUGUGUGUGUGUCAGUGCAUGUCAGAUAUGUGUGUGUAUGCAUUACAUCUGUGUGUGUGUUCUCUCAGGAUGUAGCGCGUCUGUUCCUCUGGGUGCUGCGGGAGUAUGAUGAGAUUGACCCCAUUAUUCUCUCUGGUGAGUCCAACAUGGUGUGUGUGGGUGGGUGGGUGAUCAGUCAAUGUGUGUGUGUACAGUAUGCAACUGGACCAAUCUCCUUUGACACUUGUCUCUCAUAGUGGGGGAGGAGGAGGAGCUCUCCAUCAAGGACGCCGUAGACAUGAUCGCAGACGCCCUGGACUUCAAAGGUCAAAUAAUUGUAUCUUUCCACAUGCUGUAUACUCCUGAUAGGAGUUGCCCCUAGGCACAGAUCUAGGAUCAGCAUAUCCUCCCCAAAUCCUAACCUUAACCAUUAUUCAAAUUUGACCUUAGAUCAGUGUCUAGAGCCAAUCUAGUAGAAUCCUUAGUACAACACCAGCAACCACAUCUAGAGGUUCAUUACACCUGUUGGACUGACAGACUUACAGUUGUAGUAGGUUAAAAGCCCACUCGGGCUGGCUACCCCCCAUAUCCGUUGUACUGUAACUAUGUAAUCUCCCUGUCCUUUGCCUAUUGUGACCCUUGACCUAUGACAUCAGUUCGACACCAGCAAGUCAGACGGUCAGAUGAAGAAGACGGCCAGCAAUGCCAAGCUGCGACGCUACCUCCCUGACUUCACCUUCACGCCGCUCUCUGAAGGUCAGAGAUCAAAACACUGAGGGAUGCAUUUUCUGUCCAGAAAACAACUCAAUAUUGUAGUGGGAAUUAGUUGCCUUGUAAAUAACACUGACACAUUACCACAUGAUAUUUGAUACCUAUCCGGUUAUCAGUAGUUUUAUGAUUAUGAUGAAAGGAACGUUCAUGGUAAUUAAACCACUCUUCCAAAAUGCACAGUAUCCAUAAAUGACUGACUGUGUCUCUCCUCCCCUACAGGUAUCAAGAAGACCUGUGACUGGUUUGUGAACAACUACGACAUAGCCCGAACAUGA